CUAGCAUUAAAGAAAGAAGAGUUCUGGUUUUAUUAGCUUUUGUUAAUAACGAACUGAAAACGAAAUCACAACAAUCGACAAUGACUAAUUGACCACAAGAAAAGACAAAAGAAAAACAAAUUUCUUCAGACUUGUAUUGCACACCAAACCCAGAAGUCUAAGCCAAAACAUUCAAAGCGAUUGCUCAAGCAAAACAAGAUGAAGCAAAAGAUCUUGAUAAGAGUGACUAUGACCGAUGACAAAACCCGAGCAAAAGCAAUGACAAAAGCAGUUCAGUUUAAAGGCGUGUCAGCCGUGGAAAUAAAAGGCGAUCAUAGGAACCAGAUAGAGGUUACCGGUGUUGAAGUUGAUAUGAUCCCUCUCAUCCAAAAACUCAGAAAGAAGGUAGCAUUUGCAGAGCUUGUAAGCGUGACCAAAGUCGAACCUCCAAAGAAAGAAGACGAGAAGAAGGGAGGGGACGGAAAAGGUGCAGGGGGAAAAGGUGGUGACCAAAAAGGUGGCGAUAAGAAAGGGCCAGAAGAUAAGAAACCGCCAGAUGGCAAGAAACCUCCGGAGCCAAAACCGGUGCCUUCCUCCUUUCCCCAGGGAUACGGUGUGCCUUUCUCCUUUCCCCAGGGAGACGGUGUGCCUUCCGCCUUUCCCUACCCGUGCCAUCCGGCACAUCCCUACAAUGAUAUAGGGGAACCCGUUUAUAAUCAUGAACCCAAUUGCACAAUCAUGUGAAACAGGUUUUACAGAGGAAGAUUGAUAGAGCAUCAUAAUAAUGUUUUCUUUGUAAAGAACUAAAGAAUCAAUGUGUUUACUAUAUUUAGUCAGCUCUGAGGCCACCAAAUCAAUUUACUGCUAUCUCGACAUGCUCUUAUAACAUGAUACUCUUUAAUCAUUAUGCAUAGGCACCAUAUAGCAUUUUGGCCAACAAUGUGUUUCCUUCA